UUUUUUUGCAUUGAUGUCCGUACCCAGUCGUCCCUCUGUCAAACAACUAUAACAACUUGAAAGGCGAGAGCUAAUGAAAACGUGUACAUCCCUCGAAACGACAACACAAACAACAGAAGCAGUUUAAAGCAGCGCGGCGUCACAGCAAGCAGCAAAAUCAGUAAAAAAAAAAGCAGCGUGCAGAGAGGAUCACAACCAUAACAAGCAGUAGAACGCCUUGUAUGGGUGUAAAAGCAGCAAGAGAAGGAGGAGCAGAAGCAGGAACAGGAGCAGAGCAUGUCCACAGAUAAUCCCACACAGCUGCUGACCACGCGGGAUCUUGGCCAAUUGCGUGGCCAUCUACAGGCGACAACAGCGCCAGCGACGGCACCAAGUGCCGUACAUGGAUACCGCAGCGUAAUCCCCCCACCUAUCAGCACCUCAGCAACAGCACCUGCACCAGUAGCAGUAGUAGUAUCAUCAACAGCAGCAGCAGCACCAGUAUCAACAUCAUCUUCCGUAAUAUCAGCAACAUCAUCCACCACGAGUAGCAGCAAUAGCAGCAGCAUUCAUCACGGAGGUGGCAACAUGCAGGCCACCAGCUCAAAAUAUGUCGUCAUCCAACCGAACCACAAUGGCGGCUUCACGGCCUACGAUAGUAGUGCCAGUGCAGUAGCCACCUCGCCCACGGUCGGCGGUGGUGGUGCCGCAACGGGUGGAAAUAUUGUUCUUUUAGCCGCCGAGCCCCUGGAAAUGGGUUCGGCCGAUGCAUUGGCCGCCGCUGCAGCGGCAGCAGCGGGGGCGGACGAUGGAGAGCUGCGCUCCUUGUCGUGGCUGAGCGACAGCAAUCUGAUCAAGGGUAUUGUCACGAGCAGCGGCCCCACAACGGCCGCAUCGCAGGCGAAAAGGGCAGCAGCUGUGGCCCUCAAGGCUCCUGCGGCAGUCUGCCUUGUCGGCGAUCUAAUUGAGGAGCUGCCGGCAAGCAGCAACGAUAUGGCGGAUGCGGGUGAGCAGCAGGGGACGCCGGGUGGCGUCUACAGUACCACGACAGUGCACAAGGGACCCAGCGGCACCACUACAGUGGUGGAGUACAAGGCCACCAAGACGACGACGACGGCCACAAGAACAAGCUACAUGCCUGUGGUGGUGACCAGCAGCAACAGCAGCAUCAUCACACCAGUAGCACAAGCCACCAUUUCGCCCGCCAAGCAGCAGCAACAGCAGCAGCAGCAGACCCAACAGAUCUAUGUGACCAGCAAUGGGACGGGUUCCACAACAUACAAUACCUCCUCCCCCCCAUCCAUGGCCACGGUCUCUGUUUCGUCCGCCCUGCCCUGUUCGCCGAAUAAUAACAGCAACCACCACAAUACCACCACCCACCAUCCCCACAAGAAAUAUCUGCGGGAGAAGAUGAACGUGGACCACAGCAAUCAUGUGGCCUCCACGGUGACGGUUGUCAGUUCGCCCGCAUCCUCCAACAAUUCAUCGCUUAGCUCCACCUCCGCUUCCGCUUUCGCCUCCGCCUCCUCCAUGUCGGCUAAUGGAUCAUCGGGGGGCAUCAAUGGGGCUGGAAAUAGUCCAGGGCCCAAGGCAGCCAGCAGCUAUACCACCGUCUACGAAACGGUUAAGUUCUCUGGCGCUGGAACAACGCCCUGCAGCAGCAGCAGCAGCAGCAACAACCACAGCAACAGCAACAGCAACAGACAGCACCUGCCCGAUCAUACGACGCUGAUAACCACAACGGGAUUGAUCAGUGCCUCGUCCCUGACGGGCAGCUAUAGUUUUGUGAAUCAUUUGGCUGGAUCCACGCAUGUCAUGGCUUCGACGGCACCAACUGAGACGACUCUGGGGGGAGGCGGCAGCAUCUACUACACCAAUGCCACGCCAAUGCAACAGCAGCAGCACCUGCAACAGCAACAGCAACAGCAGCAGCAGCAGCAGCGUGGCAUGCAUGUGUCUGUGUCGCCGCCACCGCCGCCAAUCAAUGCAACAAUGGGGGGUCAUAAUGGAUCUGGAUCUGGAUUGAAUCUGCGAAGCCCCAACAGCUACAGCAGCUACGAGAAUGAGGAUUCGCUGAAGGAGUUCGAUAUGACAGUAAACUCCAGGAUGCAUACGAGCACCCCCCAAUAUGUGGCAGCGGCAGCAAAGAGCAGCAGCUACAACAACAACAACGCCAACAGUUCCUCCAAUACCACCAACGGAGCCGGUGGUGGUGGUGGUGCAGGCAACACACCACAGAAGCAAAAGCAUCCGAACAAUGUGCCAUACGAUCCGCUAGUGCAUACAAACAACAAGCCGCCAUAUAGCUUUAGCUCCCUCAUCUUUAUGGCCAUUGAGGGCUCGAACGAGAAGGCGCUGCCUGUAAAAGAGAUCUAUGCUUGGAUUGUCCAGCACUUUCCAUACUUCAAGACGGCCCCCAAUGGCUGGAAGAACAGUGUGCGGCACAAUCUGUCGCUAAACAAGAGUUUCGUUAAAGUGGAGAAGGCCCCCAAUAUGGGCAAGGGUUCGUUGUGGCGCGUAGAGCCGCAACAGCGUCAAAAUCUCAUCCAGGCCCUCAAUCGGUCGCCAUUCUUUCCAAAUUCAGCGGUGGACAAGAUCAGUACAUCGCUGAAGAGUCCCAAUGGGCAGGGGGCAGCCCUGUCAUCAUCCGGCGGAUACGAUGGCAUUGAUGGAGUGGCUGCCGCCUCCACCGCUGUCUCCACCAAUGGAAUGGGAAUGGGAAUGGGCUGUGGCAACUCUGCGGCUCCAGUGGCACUGGUCACACCCACAAAAAGCAAUGGCCUGGUGCUCGCCAACGGUGGUGCUAGUCAAUCGGCCGCCAUGCCAAACAGUCCAUUGGCGAACGCUGGCGGAGGAGGCAAUGCCAGUCAUGCGCGUGUCGAUCCGAAGCUGUUCCCCUAUUUGUCCAAGGCCUUCAGCAAAAUCCGCGAGGAUGGUGGGCCGCCCACGCAGCAGCUGCUCCUCGGCGAAGCCCUCGAUGACGAGGUCUCCGGCGAAUAUGCGGGCAACCAAAACCACAACAGCGUCAGUGGCAGUGGCAGCGGCAGCGGCAGGUACAUCUAUGUGGGAAACGGAGUUGCUGGUGCUGCUGCUUCUGCUGCCGCCCCAAAUGCAAGUGGAGAUGGCAUUAACUUUGAGCGACUGGCGCGCGAUUGCGGGGCUGACAGCAUGGACGAUGUGCAUGCUGCGGCGGCCAUGCUCUUCCUAAAACACGGACCAAAGGCCUUCACCGAGUCCUUUCAAAAUGGGGCCCCAGUGAUUACGAGUUCGCCUAGCGAGGAUCACACGUAUUCCGCGGGCGGCAAUAGCAAUGCGGACAGCGGCGCUUCCACACCUCUUAUGAAUGGCAAUAUCCUGGCGGGGCAGACACCAGCCCAGAUGCAGCUGCAGGCGCAGGCUAAUGCCGGCGCAGGAUCGGACAGCAAUUGCGCCAGCUCUGAUGCGGCCUACGACAGCAGCGAGGAGAAUCACAAUAUUACGCCCGAGGAGUUGGCCGAUCAGCAGCGACAUCGUGAUGGUGUCGACGCAUUGCUCUCACUGUCGCGCUCAUCCAUCGUUGAGUGCGGGUCGGUGGCCACCACGCACUACCACAGCAACGGGAGCAGCGGCAGCAGUCACGGCUCUCCGCACAAGCGCCCCUCCAGCCACAGUUUGGAGGAGGAGCACGAGCACCACCUCCUGCAACAGUACCAGCCACUGUUGUCGUCCACAUCACAGACUGUCUACACGAAUGGCAGCGGCAGCAAGAUGGCACUCCUCAGCAGUGCCGCCGCCAAUGUGGCGUUGGCCCAACAGCAGCAACAGCAGCACCACCAAAUCCAUCAGAUGCACCAACAGCAGCAUCAUCAGAUACAGCAGCACCAGCAUCAACAGCAUACAGAUCCGUUCGGCAGCGUGAGUGGCAGCUACUUGGCUGGGUUGAAUCAUUGCCUGCCCGCUGCAACGGGAGCUGGAGGACAGGCGGCCAUGUUACCCAACAUUCUCAGUGCUGCGAUGGCCAAUGCUGCAGUAGCAGCAGCAGCAGCAGCGGCAGCGGCCAAGAAUAAAGUGAAGCCUGUGCGGGGAUUGCGUACAAAGAUCAAGCGCAAGUCCGCAUGGAUGCGGUGAAUGUGGCGCCAGGCCGGAGGCCGCCGGAGGACCAUCUCCUAGCCCCUCUAUAGACACUCGCAUGUCCCCUCCAUGGCCACGUCCCCUGUGUUGUUGUCUCUUUCUAAUUGCAAUUUGUUCAAAUAAGAGCAUUUAGUCGUAAGAUUUAGUCGAUUCCCUCGCCUUCUUUUCCUCCUCUUCCUACUCCAC